UGUCGUUAUGGGUUGCCAAAAGCAGCGGUCACUCGCUCGUGCGUGGUCACUUUAAAAUCCAGUGGACUGGAAGAAACAGUACAGCUUAGCUCACUGCUUAAAAAGCUCAAACUUAAAGCUCAAAACUCAAAGCUCAGUGUGGUCUUGUAUCGCUUUUCGGCGAAGAGAAGGGUCAGAUCGGCGAGCCUGAGAUGGGUUGGGGUUCGGUGUUACUAUUAUUGUCGGUGGCGGUGUUUUGUCAGAGGGCAAGUUCAAUCGGAGCUAACUGGGGCACACAGGCGUCGCACCCUCUUCCACCGGACAUAGUGGUGCGGAUGCUGAGAGAGAAUGGUAUUCAGAAAGUAAAGCUCUUUGACGCAGAGUACGACACUCUCAGAGCUUUGGGCAAAUCCGGUAUCGAGGUUAUGGUCGGUAUACCCAAUGAGAUGCUCGCAACUCUCGCCUCUAGCCUCAAAGCCGCUGAGAAAUGGGUUGCUAAAAAUGUCACAACUCACAUCUCCACUGAUAAAGUCAACAUCAGAUAUGUGGCUGUGGGCAACGAACCUUUCUUGUCGACUUAUAACGGGAGCUAUCUGAGUACUACUUUCCCUGCGUUGAGGAACAUCCAAAUUGCAAUUAUAAGGGCUGGGCUGCAGAACCAAGUGAAGGUCACGUGUCCCUUGAAUGCUGAUGUCUACGAAAGCUCCACAUCUUUGCCUUCUGGAGGGGAUUUCAGAGCUAAUAUCCGUGAUCUCAUGAUCACUAUCGUCAAGUUCUUGAGCGAAAAUGGCGGCCCUUUCACCGUUAAUAUCUAUCCCUUCAUCAGUCUUUACAAUGACGCCAAUUUCCCAGUGGAUUACGCUUUCUUUGAUGGCAACUCACAGCCAGUGAGUGAUGGUGGGACUUUCUACUACAACAUGUUUGAUGCAAAUUAUGACACUCUAGUGCAUGCCCUCGAGAAAAAUGGGUUUGGUAACAUGCCUAUCAUAAUUGGGGAGAUUGGAUGGCCUACUGAUGGGGACAAGAAUGCGAACUUGGACUAUGCUAAGAAGUUCAACCAAGGCUUCAUGGCCCAUAUCUCAGGCGGGAAGGGGACUCCGAGGAGGCCUGGUCCUAUCGAUGCAUACCUGUUCAGCUUGAUAGAUGAGGACGCCAAAAGUGUACAGCCAGGAUACUUUGAGCGGCACUGGGGGAUAUUCACAUUUGACGGCUUACCCAAAUACGCCUUGAAUCUAGGGACAACCAACACAGGAGCUCUGAUCCAGGCCAAAGGGGUACGCUACCUACAGAGGAAAUGGUGUGUGAUGAAGCCAAACGUGAGGCUGGAUGAUCCACAGGUGGCUCCUAGCGUGAGCUACGCUUGUGCCCGUGGGGACUGCACCAGUCUCGGGGUUGGGACGUCCUGUUCUAAUCUGGAUGGGAAAGAAAACAUAUCGUAUGCAUUCAACAGUUACUAUCAGAUAAAUGACCAGCUUGAUACAGCUUGUAAGUUUCCAAACAUAUCAGAGGUGACCAAGACGGAUCCCUCAACUGGAAACUGCAGAUUUCCGAUUAUGAUAGAGCCCUACUACGGCGGGGCUUCCAGGGAACACAGGUUCUUCUUCCCACUACUGAUGGCUGCUGCCAUCGCACUCUCUAUUUUUUGAUGGUUUGGUCUUGUCAAUUUGUAAUUCUGUGUGAUGGCUUGUACUCUUUUUUAUUUAUUUCUUCUUCUUGAAUUCUUCUAAUUUCUCUUCCACAGACCGAUGAUUAUUAAUUAGAGCAGUUUCAAGAGAACUAACUGACCUUCAAACAAUAACUGAAGAUGAAUGAUAUUGUUAAGUAUUUAGCCUUUUUGAUAUCCCUAUUCUCAGUAAAACAGGCCCAAACUGAGCAUUUAAUUUGAAGUCAUGGUCAUUGAUAAAUCAAGGUUAUUGCUCUCUUUCUCCCUGAAGCUCUUUUUGUUGCAAAGUGCAAACGCUUGUCUUGUACUGUUCUAGACACAUACGACAGAAUUGAACAGCUUCCAACUCUUGUUAUGAAUUAGAUUUUACUUUUCUCCUUGCUAUUGUUCUUAAUUUCUCUUUAAUCAUAAUAGUUUAUCUUAACAUGAUGCUUGGAGAGUACUGAACAGGAGCAUGUGUGGAAAAGGAGAAGGAAAUAUAUGGAAAGAGGUGCAAAAACAGAAGGAAAAAUAUGAUUCUCCUGAACAAAUACAUGCUCUAAAAGUAGCCAGCCACUUGCUGAAGUACAGACUUAUCUUGAAAAAGGUAAACGAAGCUCAGCAACAGAAGAUGCCUCAACUUGAUGGACUUAGAAAUUUUAAUGCCACAAGACAAAUGCAAAGCUCGGCACUCUUAUCGCCUCCCCAUCCCCCCAGCCUCCAUUCCAGUGUGAGUUCAUUGAUGAAUCUUCAAAGAAUUAAAUCCUCCAGCAUAAUCCAACAGGGGCAUCACCAGAACUCAUUCAACUCUGCCAAUCGAUCUGAAACAUAUCUCCGGAAUCCAUUGCAAAGAGUCCAGAACAUGAAUCUGUCUCAACCAACUUCAUCUCCACCAGAGGCCCUCCACCAGAAGCAGUUUCUCUGCAUACAUGGGAGAUUUUAAAGGCAUAAAAGAUCCAGCAGUUAGCAAAGAGUCACGUACUCGGAAGAAACACCGUAUAUCUUGGUCACCAGAGCUCCACGAGAAGUUUCUCAAUGCCAUUGAGCAAUUGGGCGGCCACUACAUGGCUAUUCCCAAACAUAUACUUGUCCUCAUGAAUGUAGAAGGUCUCACUAGGGCGAACGUAGCCAACCAUUGGCAUAAGUACAUACUAAACAACAUGAAAAGGGCAACGAAAGCUCAUCAGCUGGACAUGGGUCAACUUGAUGGACUUGUAAAUAUUAAUGCCACAAGACAACUACCAAGAUCGACACUCUUAUCCAGUUCCCAUAUCUCUCAAACUCCAUCGAUAAAUCUUCAACAGAUGGACCACUCCAGCAUCAUCCAACAGGGUCAUCAACAGAACUCAAGCAACUCAGCAAACCCAUAUUACACUAGUCAGUCACCAAGAGUCGAGGGCGGGAAUGAGUUUCAACCAACUUCAUCUCCACUAAAGCCUCUCUUGUUUCCUAAGAGCAAGUUCUCUGAGUACAUGAGCAGCAAUUGGUGAUAGCUCCUAGUUUCUUCGACUGUAAGUUUCCAAACAUACAGAAGGUGGAAAAGAAGGAUACGUCCACCGGAAGCUGCAUAAUUCAGAUUAUGAUAGAGCCUUACUACGGCAAGGCUGCUCGGGAACACAGGAACUUCUUCCCAUUGCUGAUGGCUGCCGCAAUCUUACUCUUCUUUUAUUUAUGGUUUUUUGCCAUCUCUUUGUGAUUCUGUUUGUGCUCUCAUGAAUUUUUUUUCUUUCUGUUUAGACUUUUUGAUUAUCCUAAUCUCAGUGAAUGAGAGCAGCUGAUCAGACUUGGGGAAUUAUCCUCAAGUCGGAGCUAUCUUCUUCCC